AUGACAAUAGCUUGGUAUCCGUGUUCUUUUAAAGAUGGAUCAUUUAUUAAAACUAUAUCAGAAAAUUUGACAAUGAGAGUCGAAUGUAUAUAUUUAACAAGUCCACUCGAAUGGGAUCAGUUUAAUCCAAAUACAUUCGAUGGUCCAUAUUAUAAUUCAACAAAACAAAUUCCAUUGACAGAUCUACAUAUCAAACGUUUGUUUUUAUCUAAUCUCCCACCAGGAAAUGAUUCAUCUACGAAACACAUUAUCAAUUAUUGGCUUGUUAAUGGUGGUGGUGGUUCGCAAUAUGCUAUGGAAAAAUUUGGAGUAUCUAUGCUAGAGGAAAUUGUUUUAAAUAAUUAUCAUAAGAUUUAUUCUAAUACACAUCCCAUAAUGUAUCUAUUUCAAUAUAGAGGAGCAGGAAUGAGUAAACCAUCAAUUCAUUGUUAUACAGCAACAAAUUGGAUUGAUUGUGCUAAAGAAUUAAUUGCAACAACAGUUCCAUCUUCGACUGAUCAAUCAUUGAGAAUAAUAAAUGCAAUGACAAAUGCAAAUAUUGCACAAGAUUUACAAUAUCAAAUUCAAUAUUCAAUAAAUCAAUCGCAACCAACAACUUCAACAUCAACUUAUAUUUAUGGAUUGAGUCAAGGAAGUGGUAUUAUAGAAACUUAUCUAACGAUUCAAUCAAUUAAUUCUCAACUUCAAAUCAUCGAUGGAAUUAUUCUUGAUGGAGUUAUGUCAAUAAAAGAUUCCGAUGUAUUUCAAAAUCAAAUUAAAAAUUUAAAUCAUCGGUUUUAUUUAUAUUUAUCAAAAUGUCAACAAGAUCAAUUAUGUUCAAAAGCAUUUAGUCUUAUCAUUGGAAGUAAUCAAGAUAUAAUCAGUGUAACAUUAACAUUACAAACACUUUUUCAGACAAAUCUGACAAAUGCUCUUUGUACGACCAACUUAGGAUUAAAUAAUUGGGAUUUAUUUAUUCUUAUUGCAAAUCAAGCAAUAGAAAUGAUUACUGCUCGUCCAUUACCAGCUAUUUUAAUUGCUCGUCUCUAUCGUUGUUCAACUGAAGAUCAACAAGUCUUGUCACAAUCACUGCCAAUUAUGAUUAAUGUAGCUCAACAAUCUACAGCGAAACGUUUCAUUGAUCCACCUCAACAAUAUCCAAAUGAUGGAAGUGUUUUAAGUUUAACAAUUUGGAGCGAUUUUAUUGGAUUAAACUUAAAUGAGAAUAUAAAAACAAAUUCAACAUUUUAUAAUGAUUUUUGUAUAAGCAGUAAUGUUCUUAAUAAAUUUAACUUUGCACCACCUGGUCCGAUACCAUUUUGUGAUGAAACACAAGUAUCCAAAUUUAAUUAUACAUUACCAUCCGUUCUCAAGGAUGUUAUAUAUACAAGAAAUUCAAAUUAUUGCGGAAAAUUUGAAGUUAGUCAACAAUCGUUUCGAUCUUAA